AUGUUGCUUUUUCCUGUAAUAUUUAACAUAUUGUAGCCAAAAUUUCCGAGGUUUCAAGAUUGGUUAUAAAAUUGAUGACCUAUUUUACUACAACGUAGAUAUUUAUAGGUGGGUUCGCGGCAAUGGCCCGUCUUUCCCUUUACUACGGAUAACCUACCUAAACAACCCUAGGGUUCCUUGUCUACCUACUUACAUGCUUUUUAAGUCACCCCCCUUCCCCCUUUCAUAUGUAUAUGUGAAUACGAAACAGGAUAUUCCGUGAGGAGAAGAAAAACAAACAAUAAAAAAAAUGAAGGGCGCAACAGUCCCCCUUCCAACACCGCCGCAGUCUUUCACGCAGAAGAAGGCGCGCAUCCUGCAGUCACUGGCGGUGCCUGAUGCCGAGUACACGGAUGCGUCGCCCAAGGGGUCCGUGGACGAGGGGAUACGCGAGCUGAUUGGGUUGGUUAAUGGGGUGGAGGGGCUCGUGACGACGAGUAGUUGUGCCGGGAGGGUGAGUGUUUUUCGGGAGGGGAGUAAGAAGGGUUCUGGUGUUGUUGAGGUGGGUGAGGGAGAGGGAGAGGAAGAGGUGAGGAAACUUGCCGGGGUCGGCGGCAAGGGAGGAGGUGGGAGUUGGUUGUUUGUGUCGCAUGGCCCGGUUCCGCUUGUGGACGGCGAUGCCGGUGACGUGGAGGUGCUUCUGGGGCUGAAGAAAAGAAGCGCCGGAGAGGAAGACAAGCCAGCACAAGGGGAGCGGGGCGAUGGCGAUGUGCGGGAUGUUGCCGCUGCGAGGCUCGUUCACUUCAAAUUUGAACCGAUGAUCCUCCAUGUCCUGACGGCUUCGCCAGAACAUGCCCAGCUGAUCCUGAGAUGCGGCCUACAGGCCGGGUUUCGGGAGAGCGGUGCCGUCAGCCUGACGGCAGCGUCGGAAGAACAACCUGCGACCCCGAUCGUGGCUAUCCGGUCCAUGGGGCUCGCUUUCGAGUCCUUGAUCGGCUACCAAUCUGGCAACAACAACGACGACGCAACAAUAGAGUGUACCGUGUCGCCGGGUUACCUGCGGACGCUUAUCCGGAUCGCUAAUGACAGGUUUAAAGAGAAUAGUAAGCGCAUCCAGAGGUUCCAGGCAGCUCUUGCGGAAGCGACUAAGCCGUCUGAUAAGAGUGAAGAUGGGUGGGAAGAUGCGCAGGCUCGGCGAGAGAGGAAGAGGGCCGAGGGGUUGAGGAGGCGGGCGGAAUUACAAGGCCAGAAGAACGGUGAUGGUGAUGGUGGUGGUGGUGAGGUAGCUACGGAAGACGAGGGUUUGUAUAAUAUGCCUACCCUGAAUGCAAACCUCACGUAAAAUCCGGAAUCUUCUUCUUCAUCAUGCAUGCACAUCGUCUUGAACUUGGCUCGUAGAUAUGGUUAGGUAGUUGUCGUCUGUUUCUCGAUACGGUUCUUUCGCCCGAGUGAUUCCCUUCUAUGCUAUGCCGUAGUAGUGUCGAGUAUUAUUACAACAGAGUAUGCGCCUGCCUCCAUCUUCUGCUUCUCUCUCUUUCUCUCUCUUAGAAGCUUCUCUCAUGGAUCUAUAUUU